AAAUGUUCAAGUCAUAGGUCAUAAUCUUCCUCGGCUCAAACCCAGUGAGAAGAGAGAGAGCUUCCAAGAGGAGGAGGAAGAAGAAAAAUGGGGUAUGAAUUUUUUCCCAUGAACCAAUCAAAUGGAUCGUCGUCGACGAGUCCUUCCCUGGUUCUCGAGUUACAUUCCUCUGCAAAAUGGAGAGCUCAUUUACAAGCCUCCAAAGAAAGUACCAAACUGAUUGUGAUCGACUUCACGGCUUCAUGGUGCCGACCUUGUAGAUUCAUAGAACCAACCAUCAAUGAGUUUGCUGCUAAAUACACUGAUGUCAAGUUCUUCAAGAUAGAUGUGGAUGAAUUGAUGAAUGUGGCUCAGGAAUUUGAGGUGCAAACAUUGCCAUCUUUUGUUCUGAUAAAGGGAGGGAUAGCAGUUGAUAAGAUUGUGGGUGUGAAGAAGGAAGAGCUCCAGAACAAAAUUGAGAGACACAUGGUUUAAUGUUGAUGAAGGGCUUGAGCACUUGAAUUUUGUUGGAUUUGGUUUGACAGAAUCAGCAGAAGAAAGUACAAAGAACAUGGAGAUGAUAGGAAUCUCGAUGUAAUAAAAAACGAAUCUAUAUACAUUUAUAUUCAAUAAAAUGAAUUUUUGAUGCAAAUUAACAAUUCAUUAAAUACCCAUUUGCCAAGUUCUUUCUUUC